GCUCUUUUCUUUCUUUUCUCCCAGUUAGAGUCGGACUUGGGCGUUCUCUAUUUCUUAUUUUUCUCGGUGUUUUUAAUUUUCUUACAGUCCUUUCCUCUUCACCAAACCCUAACCCUACCGUCUGAAACUCAUCUGAAUCUAACGCAAUAAUCGUCUCUCCGGUUGUUGUUCAUCGCAGUCUUCUCUUCUCUUUUAACUUUUGCUUUGUUGUGAUUGGAGAAUUAGUUUUCUGUGUAAUUUUUCCCCAUUUUGUCGACUCUGGAGACAGGAAAUUCUUUCACGUUUUCGUCUUUGAUAGCGAUGAAAAGAGUUGUUGUUGCAGAAGAGAGACUAUAAUGAUCGGAUUCUUCGUGUUCCGUUCUGAUUGCAUGGGGUUUGAGCGAUGCCGGAGCUUCGCCGUGGAGUCCGCCGAGGCCGCGCCGCUGUAGCUCUACAACAGCAGCAGCCGCAGCAGCAGCAGCAGAAGGAGAAGGACCAGAAGAAGAAGCCGAAACAGCAGAAUCGGAAGCGGAAUUGCGUGAAAACAGGUAACGCGGUUGCAGGACAAGUCCCGGGGGCGAGAGAGGGGCCUUGGACUAGAUUGGCAGCGAGAAGAUUGAAGCAAGAGGACGAGGUGAUUGUUAAGGAGGAGGAGGUGAUUGUUAGGGAGGAUCAGGUGGUUCUGAUUUCGGAGAGGGACAGCGACGAUAAAAAAAAGGGUCAAAAGGUAGAAAAAGAAGAGAAAGGUAUCGGAAUGGGUGAUGAUAGUGGAGGGUUGAGUGCCAAUAAGGCUGCUGGGCAAGAAGAAGAGGGCAACACUGCACCAUUUCCCGAGAGGGUCCAAGUAGGAGGAUCACCUGUGUAUAAGGUUGAGAGAAAGCUAGGUAAAGGUGGAUUUGGCCAGGUGUUUGUUGGCCGCCGUGUAACUGGUGGGAAUGACCGUACAUCUGGUCCCGGUGCCACUGAGGUAGCCCUGAAGUUUGAGCAUAGAAACAGCAAAGGUUGUAACUAUGGUCCUCCUUAUGAGUGGCAAGUGUACAACACUCUUGGUGGCAGUCAUGGAGUCCCAAAAGUACAUUACAAAGGGAGGCAAGGAGAUUACUACGUUAUGGUUAUGGACAUGCUUGGUCCUAGCUUAUGGGAUGUAUGGAAUACUUCAGGACAGGCUAUGUCCUCUGAAAUGGUAGCUUGUAUUGCAGUUGAGUCUCUAUCAAUUCUUGAGAAGAUGCACUCAAGAGGUUACGUGCAUGGAGAUGUUAAGCCAGAAAAUUUUUUGCUUGGUCAGCCAUCUACACCACAAGAGAAAAAGUUGUUUCUGGUGGACCUUGGAUUAGCAACAAAGUGGAGAGAUAGUGGCAAUGGUCAGCAUGUUGACUAUGAUCAGCGACCUGAUAUGUUCAGGUGAUUUGGAACUGUUCGAUAUGCUAGUGUCCAUGCGCACUUGGGAAGAACCGCUAGCAGAAGGGAUGACCUUGAAUCUCUUGCAUAUACUCUCAUCUUCCUCCAUCGGGGUAGAUUGCCUUGGCAGGGGUAUCAGGGUGAUAACAAAUCUUUCCUAGUUUGCAAAAAGAAGAUGGCAACUUCUCCUGAUAUGCUGUGCUGCUUCUGCCCUCCUGCUCUGAAACAAUUUCUUGAGAUUGUGGUGAACAUGAAAUUUGAUGAAGAACCCAACUAUCCCAAGUUAAUAUCUUUGUUUCAGGAUUUGAUGGGACCAAAUCCAGCUGUUCGGCCAAUAAACACUGAGGGAGCUCAGAAGAUUAUAUAUCAAGUUGGGCAAAAACGAGGAAGGUUGAAUACUGAGGAAGAAGAUGAUGGACAGCCUAAGAAGAAGGUUCGUCUUGGAGUUCCUGCUACACAAUGGAUUUCAAUUUACAAUGCUAGGCUACCGAUGAAGCAGAGGUACCAUUAUAAUGUGGCUGAUGGAAGGUUGGCACAACAUGUGGAGAGAGGUAUAGCAGAUGGUUUGCUAAUAAGUUGUGUUGCAUCGUGUUCCAAUCUUUGGGCCCUCAUUAUGGAUGCUGGAACUGGUUUCACAAGCCAGGUUUAUGAAUUAUCUCCUUUCUUCUUACACAAGGAGUGGAUAAUGGAACAAUGGGAGAAAAACUACUACAUUAGUUCUAUUGCUGGUGCUAACAAUGGAAGCUCCCUUGUAGUUAUGUCUAAAGGCACCCAGUAUACUCAACAGUCUUACAAGGUAAGUGAUUCAUUCCCAUUUAAGUGGAUAAACAAGAAAUGGAGAGAAGGAUUUCAUGUGACCUCAAUGGCAACUGCUGGAAGCCGAUGGGGAGUAGUCAUGUCGCGCAAUGCAGGCUUCAGUGAACAGGUUGUCGAGCUUGAUUUUCUUUAUCCAAGCGAGGGCAUCCACAGGCGUUGGGAUGGUGGUUUUCGAAUUACAUCAACAGCUGCAACUGCAGAUCAAGCUGCUCUUAUCUUGAGCGUUCCUAGGCGCAGACUUGGGGAUGAGACUCAAGAAACUUUACGGACCUCCCAAUUUCCAAGCACUCAUGUUAAGGAAAAAUGGGCGAAGAAUCUCUACCUGGCAUGCUUGUGCUACGGGAGAACCGUGUCGUGAGAAGUUACACCGAGGAGGAAUUUUUGUGGUUUGAAGUUGAUUUCCUUCAUCCCCUUGUUUUUUUUUUUUACUUUUCUUUUCAUAAUUCCCCUCUGAUGUUUUUCGUCUGUAAAGUGUAAGAGGUUUAACCUGCAGCAGCAGAUAAUUGUACCUUAAUGUAUGAUGUAUAUUUUUAUUUUUAUC